AUGUGUGUCUGUCUUUCCGACCUUUUGUUAAUCGUUCUUUCAGUAUUUUUCCCACCAUUACCAGUCUGGAUUCGUCGUGGAGUGUGCUCAAAGGAUUCAGCAAUCAAUAUCCUUCUUUGCAUACUUGGUUUCGUGCCUGGUUUGAUUCAUGCAUGGUAUAUCAUUGCUAAAUACCCACCUUAUUACCACCAAAGUGAAGCAAAAGUGUAUUAUGUCUACAGAAAUGAUUUAGAGAACCAAACCCCAGGAGAUCAUCAUCACCACCACCACCACCAUCAUCGUCAUCAACAACACCAAGAAUCUCAUGUCACUGAUGAAACCGCUUCUCAACCUGUGUUUGGAUAUGGUUCAGUUGUGGAAGGAAGUAGUAAUGGCAGUAGUGCCAAAGUUGGUCAACAUCAAAGUGGUGCGCCACCUUCGUACUCGGAAGUUGAUAAUAAAGUACAACAUUAA